AUGUAUACACUUAUAUUUGUGCUCUUAAUUUCAUACGCCCUUCAACUGUCAGUUCAAGCUGAUUCAUUACAACCAAAGACUAUUUUUCAAAAUGUCAUUGCCUUUGGGGACUCCUAUACAGAUAAUGGAUCCCAAACAAGAUUUUAUAAAGACGGAUCAAAUGAAAUAUCUCCAAACAGCCUCCAUCCAUCCACAUCAGAUAUUCAGAGAGCUUGCGAUGGCCCACUUUGGAUUGAGUAUCUUGCUGAUAUUUACAAGGCUCAACUUUUUGAUUUCGCACGCUCUGGUUCUACAGCUAAUAAUAAUUUAAUUCUGAGGUAUACUGAAGACAUGCAUACACAAGUAGAGGCUUAUGAAAGAACGAACACUCCACGCGUUGGUUCUGCUUACUUCAUAUGGACGGGUGUGAAUGAUAUGACCGAAUUAUUUAUAAGGUAUCCUCAGCAGCGACAAGGUAGAAUUGAUAUUAUGGACGCCAUUAUUAACAGUAUUUCGGAUGAUCUGUAUAAAUUAGCCGAUAGCGGUGCAAAUCACAUUGUUUUGAUGGGUCUGAUACCAUUAGACGCAGCAAAUAUCUACAAGAAUAUAUCCAUCCAGACAAAUUACGAAUUAAGAAGACUAGUAGCAAAUUACAAUUCAAGAUUGUUUGACUUGAUGAGCCUCUUUCAAUCAGACAAUCCCAAUAUAUCGGCCACCUUUUUUAACACACAUAGGGUGUUCAAAAAACUGAUUGACGGAGAUAAAUCAGGGGUGUUAUCCCGAAUGGAUUGCCAAGGAGGUAACAGUUGUAGAGAUCUAAUUUGGUGGGAUGAUCUACACCCUACAACAAAGACACAUGCUUUACUUGCUACCGCAGUAUACGAAAAACUCGUCGAACUUCAAUGGUAGAACACUUUACAUUCAUACUACACAU